AAAAAAAGAAAAAAGAAGCAAAAAGGAAUAAAUUUGUGGCGGGUAUUUUCCGGGCAGAAGAUUAUCCAAGAGUAAGGGUAGGUGGCUGCUGGUGACGGGCGGUUGGGUAUCCAGAGCCAGUGGAAAGAAUAUUCAUACCAGACGCGUUUUUUUGGGAGAAUCAGGAAAUAAAAAAUUUACUCCAUAUGUAUACACGUUUCACGUUGUGAAUGUUGGGACUCGGCGGAAGGAUGGUUCCGUCUUGUUACUGGGCUGGGUAGUGUGGACUCUCUGCCCGCACAUUAUACAUAGAGAGUAGAAGAAAAACAAAAAGCCCUCCCAACUCAAAAUUGCGUAUUCACACAGGCAUAUGCAUUUUUUCCCCCAUUUCUACCAAGUAAAGAAAUAGUAUAUGAUAUAGGUGAUAAGUAGCAGGAUUGCCUCUUAUCCGUCUCUCUCGCUUCUCAAAUUAGAUUUCCUUUCUUUCUUUCGAAUAUCUUCUUUCUUGUUUAGAGCCCAAGUUAGAUUUGUGUCCUAAUUAGAUUUUCAUUAGUAGUAGGCUAGUAGCAGCGGGCUUAGUAGCAGCGGCCAGCGGGUGGGGGGGCAUCAUCUUCUGUACCACAGUUGUCCCGCAUUUUGGAGCGGGUUGUGUUCGUGUGUCAAAAGAAUGUCGAUACCAAAGGAGCCGGAACAGGUGAUGAAGCUGAGAGGGGGAUCAGUACUGGGUAAGAAGACCAUUCUCAAGAGCGACCAUUUCCCUGGCUGCCAGAACAAACGUUUGUCUCCCCAGAUCGAUGGUGCUCCCAAUUACCGUCAGGCCGACUCAUUACAUGUUCAUGGUGUCGCAAUCCCAAAAAUCGAUGGAAUUCGAAAUGUUCUUAAGCAUAUUGGGGCUCAAUUAGAUGGCAAGCAAGCUAAAGUUCUUUGGAUAAACCUUCGUGAGGAGCCGGUAGUGUAUAUCAAUGGGCGCCCCUUUGUGUUGCGUGAUGUGGAGCAGCCCUUCUCCAAUCUUGAAUAUACAGGAAUCAACAGGGCUAGGGUUGAGCAAAUGGAAGCUCGAUUGAAAGAAGAUAUCUUGAUGGAAGCUGCAAGAUAUGGAAAUAAGAUCCUUGUCACUGAUGAACUGCCAGAUGGUCAGAUGGUGGACCAGUGGGAACCGGUGUCUUGUGAUUCUGUAAAGACACCGCUAGAGGUGUAUGAGGAAUUGCAAGUAGAGAGGUACCUUGUUGACUAUGAACGUGUUCCUAUAACUGACGAAAAAUCACCGAAGGAGAUGGAUUUUGAUAUUUUGGUUCAUAAAAUUUCUCAAAUCGACAUAAACACACAGAUAAUUUUCAAUUGUCAAAUGGGACGUGGACGGACUACAACUGGAAUGGUGAUUGCGACUUUGGUUUAUCUCAACCGAAUUGGAGCUUCUGGUAUACCGAGAACCGACUCCAUUGGGAAAGUUUCUGAAUUUGGUGCUAAUGUUAAUGACCAUUUAACAAAUUCAGAAGAGGCAAUUCGUAGAGGAGAAUAUGCAGUCAUAAGAAGCCUGAUUCGAGUAUUAGAGGGCGGUGUUGAAGGCAAAAGACAAGUUGAUAAAGUCAUUGACAAGUGCGCGUCCAUGCAGAACUUACGCGAAGCAAUUGCCACCUAUCGCAAUAGUAUUCUACGUCAACCGGAUGAGAUGAAAAGGGAGGCGUCACUUUCAUUUUUUGUGGAGUACUUGGAAAGAUACUACUUUCUUAUAUGCUUUGCUGUAUAUAUUCAUUCAGAGGGAGCAGCCAUCCGUUCUAGUUCAUUUGGUCAGAGCAGUUUUGCUGACUGGAUGAGAGCUAGGCCAGAACUGUAUAGCAUUAUUCGCAGAUUGCUCAGGAGAGAUCCAAUGGGUGCCCUUGGAUAUUCAACUUUAGAGCCAUCUCUGAUGAAGAUUGCCGAAUCUGCUGAUGGCCGCCCUUGUGAGAUGGGUGUAGUUGCUGCCCUGAGAAAUGGCGAGGUUCUUGGAAGUCAAACUGUUUUAAAAAGUGACCAUUGUCCUGGUUGUCAAAACUCAAGUUUACCAGAGAGAGUGGAGGGUGCGCCUAAUUUUAGAGAAGUUCCUGGGUUUCCGGUCUAUGGGGUGGCAAAUCCAACCAUUGAUGGAAUUCGAUCUGUCAUUCAGAGGAUUGGAAGUUCUAAAGGCGGUCACCCUGUUUUUUGGCACAACAUGAGAGAAGAACCUGUUAUUUACAUCAAUGGAAAACCAUUUGUUCUCCGAGAAGUUGAAAGACCAUACAAAAACAUGCUGGAGUACACGGGCAUUGAUCGUGAGAGAGUUGAGAGAAUGGAAGCUCGAUUAAAGGAAGAUAUCCUGCGAGAAGCUGAACACUAUGGGGGUGCGAUAAUGGUUAUUCAUGAAACAAAUGAUGGGCAAAUAUUUGAUGCUUGGGAACAUGUGAAUUCUGACGCUAUUCAGACCCCACUUGAGGUUUUCAAAAGCUUGGAGGCUGAUGGUUUUCCCAUUAAGUAUGCACGUGUGCCCAUCACUGAUGGUAAAGCUCCCAAAAGUUCUGACUUUGACACAUUGGCGGUGAAUAUUGCUUCUGCUUCCAAGGAUACUGCUUUUGUUUUCAAUUGCCAGAUGGGUAGAGGAAGGACGACCACUGGUACUGUAAUUGCUUGCCUUUUGAAACUUCGAAUUGAUUAUGGAAGACCCAUCAAAAUUCUGAUCGAUGAUAUGACCACUGAAGACGUGAAUGGUGGUACUUCAAGCGGUGAAGAAACUGGAGGUAGUGUUUCUGCAUCGGCAUCCUGUACUACAAAAGUAAGAUCUACACAGGAGCAAGGUCGGGCUUUUGGCAUAAAUGACAUCCUGUUGUUAUGGAAGAUAACAAGAUUGUUUGAUAAUGGGGUUGAAUGCCGAGAGGCCUUAGAUGCUAUUAUUGAUAGAUGUUCUGCCCUGCAAAACAUACGACAAGCGGUUCUGCAAUAUAGAAAGGUAUUCAAUCAACAACAUGUUGAGCCCAGGGUUAGGAGGGUUGCGUUGAACCGUGGUGCUGAGUAUUUAGAGCGGUACUUCCGUUUAAUUGCGUUUGCAGCAUAUCUUGGAAGUGAAGCUUUUGAUGGAUUUUGUGGGCAAGGAGAAUCCAGGAUGACAUUUAAGAAUUGGUUGCAUCAGAGACCAGAGGUCCAAGCUAUGAAGUGGAGCAUACGAUUAAGGCCUGGGCGAUUUUUUACUGUCCCUGAGGAGUUGAGAGCACCACAUGAAUCCCACCAUGGUGAUGCAGUGAUGGAUGCCACUGUUAAAUCCCGUAACGGCUCUGUUUUGGGGAAAGGUUCUAUACUGAAAAUGUACUUCUUUCCCGGUCAAAGAACUUCCAGCCACAUACCAAUUCAUGGUGCACCACAUGUUUACAAGGUAGACAGAUUCCCUGUGUAUAGCAUGGCAACUCCAACAAUUGCUGGUGCAAAAGAGAUGCUAGCAUAUUUAGGUGCCAAGCCUAAAGCAGAAGGAUCUGUUGCUCAUAAAGUAAUAUUAACUGAUCUGAGGGAAGAAGCGGUUGUUUACAUUAAUGGCACACCAUUUGUCCUGAGGGAGCUAAAUAAGCCAGUUGAUACACUCAAGCACGUGGGAAUAACUGGUCCUGUGGUGGAACACAUGGAGGCACGUCUAAAAGAAGAUAUAUUGUCUGAGGUCAGACAGUCUGGUGGACGGAUGCUUUUACAUCGUGAAGAAUCUAGUCCAGCAUUAAAUCAGUCCCGUGUCAUAGGAUACUGGGAAAACAUCUUAGCAGAUGAUGUGAAGACACCUGCUGAAGUAUAUGCUGCUCUGAAAGAUGAGGGUUAUAAUAUUAUUUAUAGGAGAAUACCAUUGACUAGAGAGAGAGAGGCUUUAGCUUCUGAUGUUGAUGCAAUCCAGUGCUGUAAAGAUGAUGCUGCAGGGUGUUACCUUUUUGUAUCGCACACAGGGUUUGGAGGAGUUGCAUAUGCAAUGGCAAUCAUUUGUGUUAGACUUAGUGCUGAGACAAACUUUGCAUCAAAAAUUCCAGAGUCAUUGGUUGAUACAAAUCUACCCUCUAUGACUGAAGAGAACUUGCCUUCUCGAGCUUCUGAUGAAGAAACACGAAGGAUGGGUGAUUACCGUGACAUACUAAGCCUCACAAGAGUACUUGUGUAUGGUCCCCAAAGCAAAGCAGAUGUUGACAUUGUUAUUGAAAGGUGUGCAGGUGCAGGGCAUUUACAAAGUGAUAUUCUUGAUUACAAUAAGGAACUUGAGAAGUUCCCAAAUGUUGAUGAUGAGCACCGAGCUUACCUCAUGGAUAUGGGUGUAAAGGCGUUAAGGCGGUAUUUCUUCUUAAUCACCUUCAGGUCUUACCUUUACUGCACUUCUGCAGCUGAGACGGAAUUCACAUCGUGGAUGGAUGCGAGGCCGGAACUUGGACAUCUUUGUAACAACCUUAGAAUAGAUAAAUGAUUUAAGGCGUAUAGCAAUGCUCAUAAAUUAAAUUUAUGUAUAGCUGCCAAUGCCUGGAAAGUGAUUUUAUUUCUAGCAAAGAGUAGACUAGUUGGCCGCCCAACUUACCAGCAAAGAUGGAACUCUAGACCGGGGGAAAGGGAAGCCUUCCCUUGAAUCCCAACCACACCCAUCCAUAGUCUAGAAUCCAAAUUCAUGUUAGGGAAGGGGGAGACAUCGCCCAGUUAAAGGUCUAUGAUUACGUAAAAAUAAUUAUUAAAUUUUUUUUUUUUUUAAUUUCUUAGAAUUUUAGUAAUAGAUUAUAAUAGUGGGAUAAAUGUUAAUAAUUUUAAUUAAUGAGAGAGAGAGAGAGAGAGAGAGAGAGAGAGAGAGCAAUCAUAUAUCGCAUUAUGGUGGUGAAAGAGUAUGUAGUGCUUCUGUUUUUCCUUGGUGAAAGAGUAUGUAGUGCUUCUGUUUUCAAGUUUCCUUGGCUAACUCUUAAUGUUGAUUGAUCAUAAAAUCUUUAUGAUCAAUAACUCCUAAGUGCUAGUAAUUAUAUUCGACUCAAGAAGCUAUUUGAUAAGCAUGUUCAAUAAAUUAUUGACAAACUGUAUUAAGGUUGAUUUAUUCAUAAGUUUUUCUUCAAA